AUGAAUGUCGAAUUAUCUAUUCAGCGCGAGAUGGAGCAAAGACGCCAAGCCGUCGCCCAACGAAUGAAGGAAGAAGAAGAUAUGGAAGCUGGAGUCGAAGCUAGACGCAUUGAAAUAUUACGUGAAGAGAAAUUGAGACAGUCGAUUCGUAUCCAGAGUGAAGAAUUACGGACACUGGAAACGAAACUACGUGCUGGAUACAUGAACAAGGAACGAGCUGCUCAAAUCGCUGAAAAGAGACUCAAAGUCCAGCAAGCUCGAGUCGACGAAGCACAAUGGACACGCGUUGGAAACAAGCGUCAGCAAGAGCUCGAAGUAGCUCAAAAGCUCAAAGAGAAAGCCAAUGUAGAACGCCGUGAAAAGUACAAGACAGAGUUAGAGGAUCAACUGGCGUAUGCCCAAGUCGUGAAACAACGGGAAUUGGAAACAUUUUUGAGAGACAAGCAACAGAUUGAUGAGAUUGUGAAUCGGAUUGCUGCUGAGGAUGCCAGGCAACAACAAAUCAAAAUGGAAAAACAACGAGAAACCAAAGAAUACAUUGCCAAAUUCAUGGUUGAACGUCAAGAAUGGCAGACGGCUGAACAAGCUCGUCAAGAAGAAGAAAACAAGAGAAUAGAACAGUUUGCUGUCAUGCAAGAUCAACGAGUGCAGGAGAAGGUGGAAAAGAAGAAGGAAGAGGAGCAAGCGCGAGAUAAGAUCUAUAACAAGUUGGCAUCCUCGAUGGCCACUCAAGAGCUACUUAGAACAGAGCUUGAAGAACUUCGAAUUGACUUGUCACAGGCGGAGGGUGAUGAGAGAGCCAGGAGACAAGAAGAGGCUCUACUACAAGCUCGUAUUCAAAGGAGGUUGGAAUUACUGGACGCAUACCGUCAAAGUAUUACAGCAAAGGCUGAGAAGAGAAAGCUUGACAGACAAGAUGAGGAUCGUCUUCGUGAUAUGAUGAUGAAGGAACGAUACGAUCAAGAAAAGCUAGAUCAAAUGAGUCAAGCCAAACGAAGAAUGAAACAAUUGGAACAUGCUCGUGCCAUACAAACCUUGUUGGAAGAACGACGACAACGGCUUGCUGUUGAAGAGCAAGAAGAAAAGGCACAGGGUGAAUUGGAUGCUAAAUUCGAAAAGUACAGACAGGAAGUUAUCGAGAGCGAACGCCAAAGAUUGCUACGCGAGCACGCCAAGAAUUUGGUCGGCUUUUUACCAAAGGGUAUUCUGCGAGACAGAGACGAUCUCAAGUAUUUGGGAGAAGCUGGGUUACCGCAACAGAUAUCAUACGAUGACGAAGAAGACUAUUAA